UGGCCUGCCUUGGACAGGGAUGUUGAGAGUAUAGUCAGAUCAUGUUCCAUGUGUCAGGAACAACGGAAUAAACCUGCAAUUUCAACGCCAACUCAUCCUUGGAUAUACCCGGAAGGUCCUUGGGAACAUGUCCACGCAGACUUUGCAGAGUACGGAGGAAGACACUACUUAUUGUUAGUAGAUGCGUUUUCAAAGUGGCCAGAGGUCCAUGAAUUACACAAGAAUACUACUGCUUGCCAGACAGUAGAAUGUAUGAGAAGAACAUUUGCAACUCAUGGAAUACCAUAUUGUAUGGUAACUGACAAUGGACCUCAAUUCCUGUCGGAGGAGUUUAGUAAAUUCAUGCGCUCAAAUGGCAUCCACCAUCAACGUACCCCACCAUAUCACCCAUCCACCAAUGGACAGGUGGAGAUGAUGGUACAGGAAUUAAAGAAGAGCUUGAAGUCUAAGCCAUCAGAGCGAACAUGGAGUCACCAAGUGUCAUUGUUCUUACUUCAUUAUCGGACUACCCCACACGGGACGACUGGUAAGACUCUGGCUGAGUUGUUGAUGAAACGUUCUCUUAGGACGAGGCUGAGUCUGUUGAAACCGGAAGCUGGGGAAAAGAUACGAGAUCAUCAAAGAGAAGAAUUUAACCAGGCUACAAUCAAUGUAAGAGAAAUGGGUCCAGGAGACACUGUUUCUGUCUGGAAUCCAAGAAGGGAUGGUCAAAGCAAAUGGCUCGCAGGAAGAGUGACACAACGACUGGGACCAACAUCUUAUUUGGUAAAUGUAGACAGACACAUAAGAUACGUGCAUAUUGAUCACUUGAUAACAAGAGAUGCGACCAAUACACAAGUGAUUCUGCCAGAAGAACCGGAUAUCUUGCCAGCUACAGUUGUACCAGAUUCAUCAGGACCCGUGUUAGAAGAUCCUACACUUCCAGCAAGGACACUUACACCUACGGAGACUACAGAUGAGGAGCAUGUCAUGAGGAAAUCCACUGAGACUAAAGAUCCAGUCACAGACAAUGGAGCAACUGAACCUCAGAAGGAAAUCAGUCAAAGGAGAUAUCCAACUUGAGAGAACAGACAGCUACCUCUCAGGUAUCGUAAAAACUAAAGGGAGAGGAGUGUAGUGUAUGACACUUAAUUAGAUUAGACCUAGCUGGCAUGGUAUGUAGUAAUUAGACAUAGCACUAUUUAGUUAGUACGCUAGUGAGCGUUGUAGAGUGUGUAAUAACAAGUGAGUCUAACUAAUCGAGCCUGUGACCACCGAGCAAACACAAAAAUACGGUUUACCACUGUAUAAAUGUGUAGAGGUGAUCCUCAAACAGUGAUAAUACA